AUGGACGGUGUGCGCUGGGCGAAGCCCAAGGAGGCAUUGUGGGAACAGGGUCCAGAGCUGCUGAUCCACUGGCUUCGGGGACUGGCUGUCCAAAACGACCUCGUCCCAAUCCAGGAUAUCCCAGGAAUCCAUCCUUGCCUACAAAAGAAACUCAACCACGGCAUCUUAUCCUAUUUUCCAGUGCAGGCUGCGGUGAUUCCCGCCCUCCUGGAGAAUGCAUCCCAUGGAUUCCUGGUGGAGAAAGGUGGCUACCAGCCCAGUGACAUCUGUGUGUCUGCCCCAACAGGCAGUGGGAAAACACUGUCCUUUGUCAUCCCUGUGAUCCAGGUCCUGUUGGAGCGUGUAGUGUGUCACCUACGGGCCCUGGUAGUGCUGCCGACAAAGGAGCUGGCCCAGCAGGUGAGCAAAGUAUUCAAUGUUUAUGCUGAUGGCACGGGUCUGCGCAUUGCCCAGAUCACGGGGCAGAAAUCUCUGGCAAAGGAGCAGGACAUGCUCGUCCAGAAGACGGACUCUGGGUACUACAGCCUGACAGACAUCGUCGUGGCCACCCCCGGCCGGCUGGUGGAUCACAGCGAUCAGACGCCAGGGUUCAGCCUCAGGCAAUUGCGCUUUCUGAUCAUCGAUGAAGCCGACAGAAUGAUUGACAGCAUGCACCAGUCCUGGCUGCCACGGGUGGCAGUUUUUCAUGGCGACGAUGCCCCGGGCUCCAGCCCUCUCUUCCGCAGGGUGGAACCCGGAGCUAUAACUGCUGCCAGCACGAGCCAGCCUCAGAUGCCGCUCCAGAAACUGCUGUUCUCGGCCACACUGACAAGGAACCCUGAAAAACUGCAGGAGUUGGGCCUCGACCAGCCAAAGGAGCUGGCCCAGCAGCCUGGCCUGGAGAGCCAAGAAUCCACGGCUCAGCCAGGGAUCCAGCAGGACAUGGAGGGGAAGUUCGCCUUCCCUGCAGGGCUCUCGCCUUUCUACGCGCCCUGCAGCCUCAACUCCAAGCCCCUGGUCAUCCUGCACUUGAUGCGGACUUUGAAGUGCUCCCAGGUUCUGUGCUUCACCAACUCCCGGGACACUCACAGGCUGUUCCUGCUGGUCAAGGCCUUUGGAGGGAUCCCCGUAGCCCACUUCUCCUCCAGGUUCGGGCCUGGCCAGAGGAAGAUGAUCCUGAAGCAGUUUGAGCAGCGCCAGAUUCAGCUCCUGAUCAGCACAGACGCCACUGCUCGAGGCAUUGCCGUGAAAGGAGCGAAACUGGUCCUCAACUACGAUGCCCCGCAGUACAGCAGGACCUACGUGCACCCGGUGGGCCGAACAGCCAGAGCUGGGCACACGGGGCUGGCAUUCACUCUGCUCCUGAAAGGACAGGAGCAGAAAUUCCUUCAGAUGUUGAGAGAAGCGAGAGCCCCGGGGCUGGGGAAGCAUCUAGUUCGGAGUGAGCACCUGAAGUCCCUCGUGCCUCAGUAUGAGGAAGCGCUCUCUGAACUCCAGAAAACCAUCCGGAAUGAAUGGAAGCAGAAGAAGGCCUGAGUCUGGCAGGGAUGGACGGUGUGCGCUGGGCGAAGCCCAAGGAGGCAUUGUGGGAACAGGGUCCAGAGCUGCUGAUCCACUGGCUUCGGGGACUGGCGUGUGCCUGCUGCCACAUAGGUGUGAUCUGGGGACU